GUAGCAGAAAUGAUAAGAAAGUACGGCCCAGGUGGCCCAUUCCAGCUGUGGACGGACUCCCGCCGCAUAGCAGCUGAAGCAGCCUUAUCUUCCCCGUCUGGAUGCCAUCGUCGUCGUCUUCAAUUCGCGGGCCAUUCGAAUCCUCCUCCCCAGCACGAGACGGGGGAGAGAAGCCGGCCGCGGCAUGCAGUUCCUCUCGCUCUCCGCCGCCGUCGCCGCCUCGCCGGCUGCCGUCCUCCCGCCGAAGCCAUUCAAACCCCUCUCCUCCGCGGCCCCCUACCGGCGCCCCUCCCCGCCGCCGCCGCCGCCUCCGACCCCGGUAUCCUCACCUUCACCGCCCCCGCCUCGCUCUUCUCCUCCCCAGAAUCCCCUUGCGUCCAAGCUAUGGCUAUCCAGCAAGCUCUCCCCGCCGCCGCCCGAAACACUGGAGCAGCCCGCGCCUUCUCCUACUGUUACCCCACUGCCGCCGGCAGAAGCGGAGCCGGAGCCAGAGGCGGCGCCGCGGAGGGAUGAGGAUUUCCGCCACAAGGGGAAGGUAUUCGUCGGGAACCUUCCGCUGUGGGCCAGGAAAGUGGAGAUCGCCGAGUUUUUCCGCCAGUUUGGGCCCCUGGAGAAGGUCGAGCUCGUGCGCGGCCACGACGAUCCUGAGCGCAACUUGGGCUUCUGCUUCCUCUACUAUGGGGGCGACGACGCGGAGGCCGCGGCGGAGCGUGCGGUGGAGGUUGACGGGGUGGACUUCCGUGGGAGGUCGCUCACCGUGAGGCUUGACGACGGCAGGAAAGGGAGGGCCAGGGCUGAGCAGCGGGAGCGCUGGGUGGACGACGGGCGGAGGCGAGAGGCACGGUCACCGUGGCAUGAGAGCAGGGAUGAGGCCUGCCGUGACUUCCGCAGGGUGGUGGAGUCACGGCCCGACAACUGGCAGGCCGUCGUCUCCGCAUUCGAGAAGAUACCCAAGCCAUCAAGGAGAGAAUUUGGUUUGAUGAUUGUGUAUUAUGCCAAGCGAGGUGAUAAGCAUCAUGCGCGUGCAACAUUUGAGAACAUGAGAGCAAGAGGAAUAGAACCCAAUGCAUUUGUUUUUACUAGCCUUGUUCACGCUUAUGCAGUUGCUAGAGAUAUGCGUGGUGCUUUGUCUUGCAUUGAGGAAAUGAAAUCUGAGGGUCUUGAGCUGACAAUUGUUACCUACAGUAUCCUUAUUUCAGGAUUCGCCAAAAUUAACGAUGCACAAUCUGCAGACAACUUGUUCAAAGAGGCUAAGACCAAGUUUGGUAGUCUCAACGGAAUCAUAUAUGGUAACAUAAUACAUGCUCACUGUCAAUCUGGCAAUAUGGAACGGGCUGAAGAACUAGUGCGUGAAAUGGAAGAGGAUGGGAUAGAUGCUCCAAUAGAUGUAUAUCACAGUAUGAUGCAUGGAUAUACCAUCAUUCAGAAUGAAAAGAAAUGUCUAAUGGUCUUUGAAAGACUAAAGGAGUGUGGUUUUAAACCAUCAAUAAUUUCUUAUGGAUGCCUUGUUAAUUUGUAUGUCAAGACAGGUAAGGUUGCCAAAGCAUUAUCUACUAGCAAAGAAAUGGAAUCUCAUGGCAUCAAACAUAAUAACAAAACAUACUCUAUGCUGAUCAAUGGGUUUAUCCAUUUACAUGACUUUGCAAAUGCUUUCGCCAUAUUCGAGGAAAUGAUAAGAUCAGGUCUACAGCCUGAUCGUACCAUAUACAAUUUGCUUAUAGAGGCAUUUUGUAAGAUGGGAAAUAUGGAUCGAGCUAUUUGCAUUUUGGAAAAAAUGCAGAAGGAACGAAUGCAACUGUCAAAUAGAGCAUUCAGGCCUAUCAUAGAGGGAUUUGCAGUUGCUGGUGAUAUGAAAAGCGCUUUGGAUACUCUUGAUUUGAUGCGGCGGAGUGGCUCUGCUCCCACUGUAAUGACUUACAAUGCUCUCAUUCAUGGGCUAGUUAGAAAGCACCAGGUUGAAAGAGCCAUCUCUGUGCUUGACAAGAUGUCCAUUGCUGGCAUUACACCAAACGAGCAUACAUACACAAUCAUUAUGAGAGGUUAUGCUGCUAAUGGAGAUGUUGGGAAGGCUUUUGAAUACUUCACCAAAAUUAAAGAGGCUGGUCUAAAACUCGAUGUGUACAUUUAUGAAACAUUGCUCAGAGCCUGUUGCAAAUCAGGGAGGAUGCAGAGUGCGUUAGCAGUCACACGUGAGAUGAGCUUCCAAAAGAUACCAAGGAAUACCUACAUAUAUAAUAUUUUGAUUGAUGGGUGGGCUCGGAGAGGUGAUGUUUGGGAAGCAGAGGACUUGAUGAAACAGAUGAAAGAUGAUGGAGUCCCUCCUAACAUUCAUACUUAUACCUCCUACAUAAAUGCAUGCUGCAAGGCAGGAGACAUGCAGAGAGCAGAAAAGGUGAUUGAAGAAAUGGUAGGUGUUGGUCUAAAACCUAAUGUCAAGACAUAUACUACCUUGAUUAAAGGUUGGGCAAGAGUGUCACUUCCAGACAAGGCAUUGAAAUGCUUUGAGGAGAUGAAACUUGCUGGUCUUCAACCUGAUGAAGCUGCUUAUCAUUGCUUGGUGACUUCACUUCUGUCAAGGGCAACUGUAAUGGAGGGAAGUACUUACACAGGAAUCUUGAGUGUCUGUAGAGAAAUGUGUGAGAAUGAUUUGACUGUUGAUCUUCGCACUGCUGUUCACUGGUCUAGAUGGCUUCACAAGAUUGAGAGGACUGGAGGGGCACUAACAGAAGCACUUCAGAGGAUAUUCCCUCCUGAUUGGAAUUCAUUAGAAUUUUUGGGAGAGGCAUCCAGUUCUAUAAGCACGAGGGAGUCUGAAGAUUACAGUGAUUCUGAUUUUAGCGAUGAUGACAAUGAGGAUCAUGAUAUUGAUGACAGCUGAAAUAAUCUAGAGCCUGUUUUCUUGUUCUGCCCUCGAUGUUGUCCUUCGGUUCUGCCAGAGCAGAUGAUCGAACAAGCAAUGUCUUUGAUCAAACUGUGUCCUCACAUUCAGACACCAGUAGCCUGUGGACUAUCCAAGAGAGUUUUGGAAUCUUAUAAUGCGAUAAGCGUGAGCUGGCUGGCCUCUGCUGCGUUUCUUGAAGAGCUGCAACAGUCAGUAACAGUUCUACUGGGACUGAAGACACAGGCUGUCAAUGCAACAGACGAAGCUUACUCAGUUAUGCGUGUAGCUGUACAUAUCAAUGGCUGGUACAGAGAGGCCAAACUUAAAAAUGAUGUUCUUUCGGCUUGCUGUUGGCUGGAAACUGAAAACUGUACUGGGCGAGAGAAGAAAGUAGGAUGGAAAUCAUGGAAUUAGCGAGCAAGCUGCUGAGUUGAGCAACUGUGGGGAAACUCAGGUGCAAUUUACUCUCUAGUCUCUAGAAGCACAAGGGAAGGUACAUAAUAGAUUAUCCAUUGUAUAUUCAUGGAUUCUGGUUUUUUUAGAUUGAAUCAGGAUCACAUGAUGUGAAACAAAUGGUGCAGAUCGAUGAGAUAUUGUAACACAGUUUCAUUGUAGCAAAAAAUAAUUGUUUAUUUUAUAUCUUGUGGCAAUGAAUGUGGACUUAUUGAUCAAAAUAUGGAUGGCUCAUAUUGCCUAUG